AUGACCAAGAUCUUUGCAGUCGCUAUCACGCUCCUCGCAGCCGGCAGUGUGGUUGCAGUGCCUCAUCCCGUCGCUAACGAAACGCCGACCAGGACACAGCCGCUCAGCAAACGCGCGACUACGGUAUGCGGCCAGUGGGACUCUGUCCAGACCGGGGGGUACACUGUGUACAACAACCUAUGGGGCAAGGAUUCGGGCACCGGGUCGCAGUGCCUGACCAUCGAGGGCGUGUCCAAUGGCCUUCUAUCAUGGUCAACAACUUGGUCGUGGAGCGGAGGCCAGUACAAUGUCAAGUCGUACCCCAACGCGGUCAUAUCGGCUCCAGCGGCCAGGUUGUCUGCCAUCUCAUCUAUUCCGACGCGGUGGCAGUGGAGCUACACUGGCAGCAACAUGGUGGCCAACGUCGCAUACGACUUGUUAACCAACUCAGACUGCGGCCCGACCCCGGAGUACGAGAUCAUGGUGUGGAUUGGGGCAUAUGGCGGCGCCGGCCCCAUCAGCCAGAGCGGACAGCCCAUCGCCAGCCCCAACAUCGGCGGCGUCACAUGGCGGCUGUACAAGGGCUCGCACUCGCAGAUGACCGUAUUCAGCUUUGUGUCGCCCGGCCAGAUCACCGACUACAGUGGAGACCUCUUUAACUUUGUGAGGUACCUCACCCAGUCGCAAGGCAUGCCAACCUCGCAGUGCCUCUACUCGGCCGGCGCAGGCACCGAGCCCUUCACCGGCAGCAAUGCACGCUUUACUACCAGUGGAUACAGCAUGUCGAUUUCCGCAAGCGGCAGUGGCAGCGGCGGCGGAGAGGGAGGAGGAGGAGGAGGAGGAGGAGGAACAAACCCGCCAAACUGUGCUGCUUUGUAUGGUGGACAAGAUAGCGUGCCUCUCCCCGCGCUUCCAACCCAACAACCUCCAACAUCUUCCGAAAUCCCCUCCAAGCUUCCCGCCAUCGCAUCACUGCCUAGCUUGGACGAUAGCUCACUGAUUGGAACACUCGACCUUUUGUUCGAAGCCUCGCCUGACCUGCAUGCCCUCGCUGUCCCCGUCGUCCGCUCAACGACUUUCACUUCCUACGCGGACCUCGUCGAGGCCAUUCGGACCACUUUGCUUUCUGUCCAGGGGACUGUACACGCCGACCCUGUUGCCCGAAAGCCGUUGCUCGGCAUUCUAGCCGCCCACCCCCGCCUUGGAGAAAGGCAGCAGCCCGUCAGCGAUCAGAGCAAGGCUGAGCAAGCUAGCCUUCAGGGAAAUGCCGAAAAGCUAGCCGCGCUGAACGCCGAGUACGAAGCUAAAUUUCCUGGCAUGAGGUAUGUCGUGUUUGUAAACGGGCGUAGCAGGGAUACUAUAAUGGAAAAUAUGCGCGUGAGGAUCGACAGGGGAAACGUAAACGCCGAAGAACGAGAGGCGAUUAACGCAAUGUGUGAUAUUGCAAAAGAUAGGGCAGCAAAGUUAGUAUGA